AUGGCCGGAACAGCGCCGCCAACUGCGGAAGAGGGCAGCUUCCGCCAGGGUUACAAUUGUUUCGCCAGACCCAAAAGGGCGGCGCGCAGUGCGUGCUCCGCGCUGCUGGUGGUGGCGCACGCGGACGACGAGACUCUCUUCGCAGGCGAGGCCCUGCUGGGGCGGGCGGCCCGGCUGUGCGCGAAGACCACCUGGCACGUGGUGGUGGCCACAGGCCAGGCCACCCGCCGCGAGAAGGAGCUGCGGGUGGUGCUGAACAUUGCCCGGGCCAAUUCGCUGGCUGCUUCCAUCACGUCAGAGGUUUGGGACUAUGACGACUGUGACUACUUGUCGUGCGAGCAAUUCCUAGGCGCUGAGUCCAUCCGAGACAAGCUGAGGGCCGUGCUGAGCAGAGGCUGGGACUUUGUGGUCACGCACAACGAGCACGGGGAGUACCACCAUGCCCAGCACAUCGGUCUUCACCGGAUACUCAAGGCGCUUGCGGGGGCUGAAGGCUUCGGGCAGAUGUUGGUGUUCAAUCCUCUGCCCGAGCUGAAUGCCACGAUCAGCCUGGGCAAGCAGCGGAUGCUUCAGACCUACCUCCACCUGGCCGAGAGCAACGCGCGGCAGCGAGUCUUUGCGAGCCUCUCGGGGUACAGCGAGCACCUAGUGCCUUUGGAGCACUUCCAGCGGCCGCCAGCCCUAGGCGUCUACUUCUGGCAGGGCAUCGGCGAAGACCUCGGCAACCACUUCGCGUACGACUGGACACGGCCGCUCAAGGCCUGGGGCGAGCCGUUCACUGCGAAGCAAUGCGGCCCUGCAGUGCAGGAGUUCUUCAUCAACACCUGGCGGAGGAGCUGUGAGGAGAAAACCACGACGCCCAUUCGGUUCCCGGAGAUCUGCCUGGCCCUCCAGCGGCACAGCGCCUCGCUGGGCGCUGAGCUCUGGCGGCGACUGCAGGCCAUGGAGGCUUGGGUGGAGCUUCAGGCGUCGACGCCACGGGGCCCUGCCGGGCUCAGGUGCCAGGCAGCGCUUCCCUCGGCGGAGGUCAAGGGCUCGGUGACCGCCUGGGACGUGGAGCUCGAGGCGAGCCGGGAGAUGCACCUGGAGAUGUUGGUGCUGCGGCCCAUCAUUGUGGGCUGGAAGGAGGGCUACAAGGGUCGCACCUACAAGAUCCAGGGUAGCUCGGGCCCGCGCCGGGUGAAGCCCGGCUUCUCGCAGGUGUCCUGGCAGCCAGCGGCGCCCAUCCCAGUGCAGCCGUACGAUGAGGUGGGCUGGGGAGCCUUCGUGGAGAUCGGGAACCUCAGCGCCUACCCAGCUGAUCCCAAGCGCGAGGCGGCCUGCGUGGGAGCCCGGGGCUGCGAGGGGGACAUUUGCGUAUUCGACACCUGGCCGGAGGAGUGGAUGGCAGGAUUCCAAAUGCACAAGGCCUCCAUGCGGACGGCGCCGCUCGCGGCGGCGCCUCCACGGGCGCAGAAGUUCUUCCAGGUCAUGGAGGCGCUGGACAUCUCGGAGUUCGUGGAGUCCAGCAGCAGCUACGAGGAGCUGCUGACGCUGCGGCACCGCCUGGAACAUCCAGACCUUGGGCUCUUCGAGGACAAGAUCCGGCUGCGGCGCGAGCUGCUGCCGGCCGCCGGGGUGGAAGCCACCCCCAGCAUACAUCUUUCCUACGACGACUUCGACGUGGCCCGGUUCUUGCACGGCCGGAGCAGCUAUGUGGUGAAGCCGUCCCACAUGUCCGAGUCCCAGCACGUCUUCGUGAUAAAAGAUGGUUUGAACCUGCUGCACAGCACCUGGUUCGCAUCUCCCGCCAGGAACUCCGUGCAGGAGAUCCAGGCGGUGGUGGACGGGUUCCCCCAGCACAAGGCCAAAGACUGGGAGUGCCGAGCCUUGCUGGGUGCACGGCCUGGGGUGAUCGUGGAGGAGCUGGUUUUGGCGACCAAGGCGGAGCUUCCAGGGAAGUACAUGGUGGACGAGUACAAGUUUUACACCAGCUGGGGUGAGACGAUCUUGGCAGAGAACAUCAUCUUCUCCUCCGGCGUGAUGAUGGAGAUCUCCCGGGACGGUCAGAUCUUGACCGCCAAGGAUGGGUGCCCUCCUGCGUGCCUGGCGCCCUGCUUCCGGGAGAUGGUCCGCAUGGCCGAGCAGGUUGCCACCUACGCGCGCACGGACUUCUUGCGGGUGGACAUCUUGGUCCAAGGCAACUGCGAGGCUUUGUACGUGAGCGAGGUGGAACUCUUUCCGGCCAGCGACUUCAGUCCGGCCCUGAAGGAGGCGGUGGCUCAGCGUUGGCGCUCUGGCUACGGCGUCUGAAGGACUCGCCUCGCCUCACGCGUUCUCCCACGAGCUCUCUGAACUGCCGCCGGCGCGGCAAAGCGGCGGCCCAGCGGCGAGAAGGGCAUGGAUCCAGGGCACGGCGAGACCGAAGGUGG